AUGUCUCGACAACCGUCCUCCUACUCCUCGGCAACCUCUGCUCGAAUGCGCCAGACGCCGUCCAACUCGUCCUUCACGGGUAGCGGAGGCAGCGGCGGGACUGGCGGAGGAGAUGCGGCAGGAGCGGGAGCUCUCGCAGCGGUCUUCCGCACGCUCGUCUUUGGCGGAAGUGUUCCGAUACAGGUGGUCCUAGCGGAGAACGAGCUACCAGCGCAGGCAGAUCGCAGCAUAGAAGCGUAUUACGUUCAAGCCCCUCGAAUCGCUUACCUCCCCCUUCUCCUCCCACAAAUACGAAAGUACUUCGUCAACCUCGUUCUCGACGACAACACAGCAGCGAGCCUGCGAGAUCAAGACCUCUGGUUCGAAGCUGACGGGGUUCCGCUCAAAUGGCACUGGCCUAUCGGACUUCUAUACGACUACCACUACCUCGCCAAUCAGCCAUCUCUCCUCCCACCUCGACCAUCCACCACGACCGCCGACUCAUCUCUCCCCUCUUCCCUCGCCUCUGUCUUCGCGCCCCUCUCUGCCUCUACCGCUCAACUCUCCUUCGACCAGCCCGAAUCUCGCGACGCGACUCUCCGCGCACCCUCCGCAUCCUCGCACACCGCUCGCCCCCGAACACCUUCCUCGGCUCGCUCCAUACCUACCUCGUCACUGCCGCCUUCUGAUCCGACACAGCCGUGGAAGAUCACUCUGCACCUUCGAGAUCCGCCAAGCGAUGUGUUGGUCGUCAGCAACAAGGUUGAGGAUGCGCGAGUCGGCUUUAUGGCGAUGGUCAAGGAAGCGGAUUACGUCCGGUCGGGCAACACGAAGCGGGUGAUGAACUUGCGGAAGGAGCAGCAGGACGGCUUGUGGGAGGGACUCGUGCAGAACAACUUCGACAAGUACUGGUCGGUUGGCUCGCGACUCGUUCCUCUCCCUUCUCUCGGCCCUCACUUCGCCUCGCCCGCAUUAAUUCGCUCGCCUACGCCUUCGAGCGGAAACGAGCGGGUACCGGACGCGAACGGCGUGAGAAGUGUGCCGGUCAAGGUGUAUCUGCCGGAAGGCGCGCAGCCAUUGCAGGAAUUGGUGUCGCCGCUGAGAGAAGACGGAACACCAACAACCCUCCAGCACUUCCUCUCGCACCUCCUUCCCCUCCUCUUCCCGCCAUCUUCCGCCUCCUCUCCUUCGCUCGCGUACCCUCUCAUACAAGGCGUCUACGUCCCCCUCGCGUCGGAGAUGGGCUGGCUCGGCGCGUGUUUGGCGGGUGCGGACGGGUGGGUAUCGGUUGUCGUCGUGCUGGACGAGCGGGAGGAGUCGUGA